UAUGCAGAUACACGUACAUCAAUCAUAAUAAAGGUUAUAUUGUGACGCCUCGGGCGCAUACGUCGCUCGGUUAUAAAUACCGGUCCGAGUAGAGGGGCAGGCAGUCGUUGUCAGACUGUCGGCCUGUGCGGUGGUGCGUUGGCGAGUCGGUAAACAAAGUAAUACAAUCACGUGUACAAUACAUUGGCGACGAGGAUAAAACAGUUUUUGAAUAAAACAUGAAUACCCAACUAACACUGGAAAAAUUUGAUUGUGAGGGGGAACCUACAUCAGUAGGAGCGCGAUGGGAACGCUGGAAACGCGCACUUCUGAUUUACCUUGAAGCAGCUGGUAUAGAAAGAAGUGAGAAGAAACGGGCCUCAUUGUUACAUUUUGGUGGGUUAGCGUUACAGGAAAUUUUUCAUAAUAUACCAGAUGCAAAUAUACCAGCAGCAGAUGGCGUUGACGUCUUUGCAGUGGCCAUAAAGAAACUUGAUGAGUUUUUUCUGCCAAAACAAAGCAAGGUGUAUGAGCGCCAUCUCUUUAGACUGAUUAAACAAGAGGCCAAUGAAACAUUUGAUAAAUUUCUUAUACGACUACGACAACAAGCGGAUAAGUGUCAAUUUAAGGACAAAGACGAUCAAAUUAUUGAUCAGAUUACUGAAAAGUGUUCCUCUAAAGAACUGAGAAAGAAAAUUUUACAAACUGGAGAUUCUAUGACACUCACAAAUAUAAUAAAUGAAGCAAACACACUAGAGGCAGUAAGCAGACAAAUAGAAGGAUUUGGAGGAGGCAGCACAUCGUCUGACAGCAUAAACAGAAUUAAAAGUACAAACCAUAAAUUUAACAAUCAAAAUGAAAGAAAGUGGACAGAAAAAUCAAAAUGUGGGAGGUGUGGUAGCACUGGACACGGUUCUCAAGACAGCAAAUGCCCAGCAAGAGAAAGAGAUUGCCACAAGUGCGGGCUGAAAGGACAUUUUCGACAAUUUUGUAGAACAACGACAAGAAAUAAAACUAAUAAAAGAAAACACAGCACAAACGAUCCAGAAAACGGUAACGAAAAGAAAUUUAAAAGAGAGUACCCAAGAAGUAACACAAAUCAAAUAGACCAAACGGAAGAUACUGAAGAUAUACAAUAUGUGUUCAAAAUUGAUGAUGAUAGUGUAAUAGAUUGCUAUGUUGGUGGUAUAAAAAUAAAAAUGCUAGUAGAUUCAGGCUGCAAAUGCAACUUGAUCACAAGUAGAACCUGGAAUUUUAUGAAACAAAAUAGCAUUAAAGCAUUAAACCAAACACAUAGAUGUAAUAAAACCUUCUACAGUUAUGCGAGUAAAACACCUCUUGAGUUAUUAGGAUCUUUUAAUGCUAACUUGAAAAUUGCAGAUAGAGAAACAAAGGCUACUUUUUACGUUAUUGCCGAUGGAACUAGAGACUUGCUCGGAAAAGACACCGCCACCGAAAUGGGUGUACUUAAGGUCGGGUUAGCAGUCAACCAAAUGGACAUCAACAAAGAAUUUCCAAAAUUCAAGGACGUACUAGUGGAAAUACCAAUCGACAAAAAUGUGCAACCUGUUUCUCAACCAUUAAGAAGGAUCCCUAUACCGUUGGAAGAAAAAGUUAGUAAGAAAAUAAAGGAACUUUUGGACAAAGAUAUCAUAGAAGAAGUUCAGGGUUCUUCAAGGUGGGUAUCACCAAUUGUCCCAGUUCUAAAAACUACGGGAGAUGUUCGGAUUUGCGUAGACAUGAGGCGAGCCAAUAAAGCAAUUUUACGUGAAAAUCACCCAUUGCCCACCAUGGACAAAUUACUGCCAAAAAUGAAAAACGCGAAAUACUUCUCAAAAUUAGAUAUCAAGGAUGCUUUCCAUCAAAUCGAGUUACAUCCAGACUCACGACACAUCACGACUUUUAUUACCAGCAAAGGACUUUUCAGAUACAAAAGGUUAAUGUUUGGAAUAUCAUGUGCUCCAGAAAUAUUUCAAAAAACUUUAGAACGCAUGCUUUUAGGAUGUGAAGGAACUAUUAAUUUCAUAGACGACAUAUUAGUUUACGGAAAGAAUAUAGAAGAACACGAUCAAAGAUUGGAGAAAGUAAUAAAGACUCUAGAAGAAAAUAACGUGGUUUUGAGAAAGGAUAAAUGCACAUUCAGGCAGCAAAAAGUUCAGUUUCUAGGACAUGAAUUAUCACAUGAAGGUGUAAAACCUCUGGAUAAGUAUGUGUCCACCAUUCAAGAAUUUCGUCCACCUAUAAAUAUAGGUGAGCUUCAGAGCUUCUUAGGAUUAAUAAAUUAUGUUGGCAAAUGGAUCCCAAAUUUAGCUACUUCCACUGAACCGCUAAAAGAACUACUAAGGAACAAACCAAACAAAACCACAGAAUUAAAAACUCUUUGGGGUACUAAACAGGAAUGUGCAUUUAACCAUUUAAAAUUAGCACUAUCUAAUAUUCCGACUCUAGGUUAUUAUGACGUUAAAGAUCGAACAGCAGUAAUUGCAGAUGCCAGUCCAGUUGGUUUAGGAGGAGUACUAGUUCAAAUCAAUGAACAUGGACCACGCAUUAUAGCGUAUGGACAUCGUACCUUAACCAGUUGUGAAAGACGAUAUUGCCAAACGGAGAAGGAAGCCUUAGCUCUAGUUUGGGCCGUAGAACACUUCCAUAUAUUCCUGUUUGGGAAGGAAUUUGAUUUAGUUACAGAUCAUAAACCACUGGAAAUCAUAUUUGGCCCGAAAUCAAAACCAUGCGCUAGAAUAGAAAGGUGGAUUCUGCGCCUUCAAGCAUAUACUUUUAAAGUUAUAUACAAGCCUGGCAAAGAAAAUAUAGCAGAUAGUUUAUCAAGACUGUGCAAAUUAAAAGAAAUUUCGCAUAAUAACUCUGACGACUAUAUACACCAAGUCGUCGAAGGAAGCAGGCCAGUUGCAGUAUCGUUGCAAGAAAUCACUGAUGCCUCGAAAGAAGACACAGAAAUACUUAAGGUAAGGCAAGGCCUCUACAACAACCAGUGGGAUGAGGAGGUAAAAAAUUAUAAGAUUUUCCAAAACGAAUUAUGUUUUUAUGACGGGAUUUUAUUACGAGGGACUAGAAUUGUUAUCCCAAAGAAAUUACGAAGUAAAAUUUUGAUAGCUGCUCAUGAAGGACACCCAGGAAUUGUAUCAAUGAAAGCAAGACUUCGAACCAAAGUUUGGUGGCCUCGAUAUGAUAAAGAAACUGAGAAUCUGGUUAAAUGCUGUAAAGGCUGUACACUAGUAUCAGCUCCUAACCCACCAAAUGCACUAAAACGACGGACGUUACCAAUGGAACCCUGGGUAGAUACCUGCAUUGAUUUAUUAGGACCUCUUCCAAGCAGUGACUACAUCUUGGUAAUCGUCGAUUACUUCAGUCGCUAUAAGGAAGUGAAGAUAUGUCGCAAAAUAACUAGUGCAGAUAUAAUCCAAUGUCUUACAGAAAUUUUCAGCAGGCUUGGUAACCCAAUGACAAUAACAGCCGAUAAUGGUAGACAGUUUUGCAGUGAAGAAUUCAAGAAAUUUUGUUCGGAGAGAAACAUAAUUUUGUAUAACACCAUACCAUACUGGCCUCAACAGAAUGGAGAAGUAGAACGACAGAAUCGAGACAUACUCAAACGAUUAAAAAUAAGUCAGGUAGAAAAUAAAAACUGGAAGGAGGCAUUAUUAGAAUAUCUGACUAUGUAUAAUAGUACUCCACAUAGUGUAACUGGUAAGACACCAGCAGAACUCUUUUUUAAAAGACAAUACCGUGACAACAUUCCUAUGGCAGAGGACAUAACGCAUAAACCAAAUGACUCUGAUGUAAGAGAUCGUGAUAAAGAAAAGAAAGAAGCUGGGAAAGAAUAUGCAGAUAGAAAAAGGAAAGCUCAAGAAUGCCAAUUAGUACCUGGAGAUAAGGUGUACGUAAAAAAUAUGGUAAAAGAUAAACUUAGCCUAAAUUAUGAUCCUACUUCUCAUACUGUAGAAACAGCUACGGGAGGAGAUAUAAGCGUUCGUAAUGACAUAACGGGAAAAGUAUCACGGAGGAAUAUAGUGCAUUUAAAGAAGGUUGAGGGUCAAUGGGAAGUAGUAAAUAAAGAAAACGAAGAAAGAGAUACAGAAAAAGAUUUGAAUACAAAUGAAAAUGAAAUGGAAAUAUUGGAUCAAGAGAAUUAAAUUAAAUUACCUAAUAAAAGUGUGAUUAAUCUAAUAAGUGUGAUUUUGUCAUGUUACAGGUCUUUAAUAAAUCAUAAUAAAAUUAAUUUUCAUUUAUUUCUAAAAGAGUCUACUCUUUUAGAAUUAGGCUAAAAUUAAAAUAACAAGGGAGAGAAUGUAGUGUAUGCAGAUACACGUACAUCAAUCAUAAUAAAGGUUAUAUUGUGACGCCUCGGGCGCAUACGUCGCUCGGUUAUAAAUACCGGUCCGAGUAGAGGGGCAGGCAGUCGUUGUCAGACUGUCGGCCUGUGCGGUGG